UGUGGCUACCCCGUCAGUAUAUUCUUUAUCGUCGUCAAUGAGUUCUGUGAAAGAUUCUCUUACUAUGGCAUGCGUGCGGUAUUGGUGCUGUACUUUAAGUACUUCUUCCUCUGGGACGAUGACUUGGCCACCUCCAUCUACCACACCUUUGUGGCCUUGUGCUACCUGACGCCCAUCCUUGGGGCCAUCAUUGCGGACUCAUGGCUGGGGAAGUUCAAGACAAUCAUAUAUCUGUCUAUCGUCUAUGCCAUUGGCCAGGUGAUUAUGGCUGUGAGUGCUAUUCAUGACAUCACUGACACAGACAGAGAUGGAACUCCCAACAACAUGAGCGUACACGUCACCCUGUCCAUGCUGGGUCUGUUCCUAAUUGCCCUGGGAACGGGAGGGAUAAAGCCCUGUGUGUCUGCAUUUGGAGGUGAUCAGUUUGGGGAGCACCAGCAAAGACAAAGAAGCACGUUCUUCUCUAUCUUCUACCUGUGUAUCAACGGUGGAAGUCUCCUGUCAACUUUAAUCACACCUAUUCUCAGGGCCCAGGAGUGUGGUAUCCACAGCCAGCAGAAAUGCUAUCCUUUGGCCUUUGGGGUUCCUGCUGCACUUAUGGUCGUCUCACUGGUUGUUUUCAUCGCCGGUAGUAACAUGUACGUUAAAGCAGCCCCACAGGGCAACAUCAUGCUCCGUGUGUGUAAGUGCAUUGGGUUUGCCAUCAAGAAUCGUUUUAGACACAGGAGCAAAAAGUACCCUAAGAGAGAGCACUGGAUGGACUGGGCCACAGAGAAGUAUGAUAAACUACUCAUCGCUCAGAUCAAGAUGGUCCUUCGGGUCUUGUUCCUGUACAUUCCGUUACCCCUCUUCUGGACACUGUUUGACCAAAAGGGUUCUCGGUGGACUCUUCAGGCAACUACAAUGGACGGGAACUUUGGACAGCUCACUCUGCAGCCCGACCAAAUGCAGACCCUCAACCCCAUAUUGAUCCUGACGCUGGUUCCAAUAAUGGACAGAAUUAUCUACCCGCUUAUCAAGAAAUGUGGCCUGAACUUCACUCCUUUGAGGAGGAUGACUGUUGGAAUGCUGCUGGCGGCUCUGGCCUUCGUCGCUGCUGCACUGGUGCAGCUGGAGAUUGAUAAAACUCUGCCAAACUUCCCAUCAGCUUCCCAAAGCCAGCUGAAAGUCAUAAACAUGGGCAACACAGAGAUUGCCGUAACCAUACCCCCAGAUGCACCCAUUACAGUUGGAGCGGUUCAGGCUAGUGAUGAUUAUCUAACAUUUGAGAACCAAAUCAUCACUGUGUCAGUUGGUCCUGCAACAACCACGACUUUGAAAUUAACCAAAGGAAUGCGUCAUUCUCUCGUCAUACCCUCUGACCCCAACAGCAUGAAUCUGGUGGAUGAUUUAACCUCCAAACCACAAGAAGGCAACAAUGCGAUUAGAUUUAUUAACGGCAUGACUACUAUGGUGAACGUGACCAACUUUGGAUCCAUUGGACCUUCAUCUGUAUCAGAUGUCUUUCUGGUAGCUCAAGGAAAGCGCACCUUUAACAUCACCAAUGGUGUGCAGAGAUGUGAGUACUCCAAAGAUUUUGGAUUUGGAGGAGCCUACACUUUCCUCAUCCCCAGCACCUUCACAUGGGCUCAGGAUUGUGCGAACAUGAUAAGAGCGGUGGAGGAUAUCAAGCCCAACAGCGUCCACAUGGCCCUCCAGAUUCCUCAGUAUUUCCUCAUUACGGCUGGAGAGGUGGUCUUCUCUGUCACUGGUCUGGAGUUCUCCUACUCCCAGGCUCCUAGCAACAUGAAAGCGGUGCUACAGGCCGGCUGGCUGCUGACUGUUGCCUUUGGUAACUUCAUUGUGCUGAUUGUAGCUGAGGCGGUGAAGAUUCCUAAGCAGUGGGCGGAGUAUGUGCUUUUCGCCUCACUCUUGGUGGUAGUGAGCGUCAUCUUCUCCAUCAUGGCAUAUUUCUACACCUACAUCAACCCUGCAGAGAUUGAAGCGCAGUUUGCAGAAGCAGAGGACCUGGAACCGGAGGACAAAGAAACGAUAGCGAUGGAUAAAAGAGACUCUAUCCAGCACACAUAUGAAAAUGCCAAACAAACCAAAAUGUAA